AGACCUUUCACCGACUGGUACACAAAACAGAAACGUGUUUUGAUCCGGAUGAUUAUAUAUCAAUAGAACGCCCCCAUAAUAAUUCAAAUGUCUGUAUUUUAAAUUAAAGAUAGUAUUCAUUUUCUAAUAGUAAUUUACUUUUCAAAUCAAGGUAUGUUAUGGAAUGAACUUUAUUAUCUAAGUGCCAAAAUGUUUGCUAAGUAGAUAGCAGUCACAGUUUAUUCAAGUCUUCAAUAUAUAAAACAGCCAAGUCCAAUUAUGAUUAGGCAAUCAAAUUUAUUGAAGUGGGCACAUAAUAAUAAAAACAAUGUUAAAAAUGGAACAAAUAAAAGUUGGAUUCAUCCACCUGAGGCUCUUCAAAAUGGCCAUGUUGCAUAUUUAGUGAAGUUCCUCGGUAAUACUGAAGUUGAUCAGCCAAAAGGAAUUGAUGUGGUAAAAGAUGGUAUUCGAAAAUUAAAAUUUAACCAACAAUUGAAGAAAGCAGAAGGAGCAAAAACUCCUAAAGUUGAAGUAACCAUAUCGAUAGAUGGUGUUGCUAUUCAAGAUCCAAAGAGCAAACAAAUAUUCCAUCAGUAUCCCCUUCAUCGCAUAUCUUAUUGUGCCAAUGACAAAUCAGACAAAAAAUUUUUCAGUUUCAUUGCUAAAGAAGAGCAUGGAGACAAACAUAUGUGUUUUGUUUUUGCAAGUGAUAAGUUGGCAGAAGACAUAACUUUAACAAUUGGUGAAGCUUUUGAUUUAGCUUAUCGAAAAUUUCUAGAUACAUCAGGGAAAGAUCUGGAAACAAAAAUGCAACUGAUGAUAAUGCAGAAAAAGGUCCAGAAAUUAGAAAAAGAAAAUGCUAUGCUGAAGCAGAGGAUAGCAGAAAUGACAUCAGAAAAUGGAAAUGUGAAAAAUGGACAAUCACCCCAAAAUCUUAUGCACUUAAAUGGUGAAACUACUGUUCCUCGUCAUCAGUCUGCUAUAGAAUCUGGCUAUAACAAUAUUUUGCAGCAAAAUGUCACAAAUAAUUUGGCAAAAUCAACACCUACUUCACCUUCACAGGAACUUUUCAAUUUAGUGUCUUUUUCAAACACUCCAUCUGUUGGAACAAAGUUAGAAAAUCUUGCUUUAGAUGAUCUUGAAGAUUUUAAUCCUAGAGAGAAUAUUACUAAUGGAAACAAGGGAUCUACAGUAAAGACUGAUAUUUUUGGUGCACCUCCUUUUAACCCAAAACAGACAAGUACAGACCCAUUUGGAAUGGAUGAUUUUAGUACUAUACCAAUACAUGCAAUGGAUUUAGAAAAUGCAAUUGGUGAAAUUGAUAAGAAGAUAUUUGAAAUGAGAGAUGGAUUUCAAAGGGGAAUAUCUUUUGGGAAUGAUGAUUUCUUCGAUACUGGAGAAGCACACUGACUUUUUUAAAGUUUCAGUAUGUUUAUUAUACUAUGAUAAGAGAUCUCUGCACAAACACAAAUAAGAUGCUGUAUGUGGUACACAUUUGUAUGUACAUGUAAAUUUGACAUCAUGGGACCAUAUGUGAAGACAGCAUUCACAUUUUUUCUUAGAUUUUUCUGUAUAUGCUCAUUAUACAUACUGAAUGAAAAUUAAUUUUUUAAUUAUUAUUAUUAUUUAAGAUUUAGGCUAAUUACAUAGAACAUCUAACCUCUUUUCCUUCAUGCUUUUGAAUUUUACUACUGUAUAUACUAACACUUUUAUGUAUUAUGUAUCAUUUCGAUGAUACGUGAGUAAAAUUUUGUAUGUACAUUUCAUGCAAAUAUUUUAAGUAUAGGCAUUCUAUGCAAUUUUUUUAAAAUUUUUAUUCUGAAGAUAGCAUUAUCAUAUAAUGUUAAUUUUAAAUUAUAGUUAUAAGUGGCACUAACUUGCACUCAUGCUCACAUUUUAUGUGCCAAAGAAAAUUUCUUCAUGCUAGAUUGCAUGAAUUGUAUUUUACAGCUGGAUAUGAUUAAUUAUUUUUUGACAUUGUUUCAUGGCAGUUUUUAAUAAACUGGUAUUUUAUUACUGUUCUCACACUUAGCUGCCAGCCAUAUCAAUCACUUUUCAGGCUGUAAUAUAACCCGGAUUAAAUAGAACUAAAUUAAAAGCAUGUGAGAAUAGAGUCUGUAAUCUUAUUACAACUGUUAUUUGUCACUUUCUUAUUUGUUGUUUUUGGAAGGGUUCUCAAUUAGAGAAAGAAAAAGCAUAAGAAGCUGUCUUUUGAAAAUAUUUUUUUUUUUUUUUUAAUGCAGUGGAAGUUUAUAUAUGUAACUUCAAAAGUGAUGUCUAGUUCUUUCAAAAAACGCAAUGUGAAUUCCAGAGUCUGUCCAACCCUCCCAGUUGUUGUACAUUUUUUCGUAUGUUUUGUAAUCUUGCUAUUUUUACUAAUUUCAUGACCAAGUUCUUUAUCUCAAUGAAAUUAUAUAGUCUUUCUGAUAUUUACACUUUUCUCUAUGUUUAUUUCUCAAACGUGUAUAGCGCUGUUAUAAAAUUUAGCAUGUAUGGAAUAGAUUGGAGAGAUUUAUUGCAUAGAUAGAAGAUUGAAACUUGUAGACAAAUAUAGCCAUAGAUACAUGAUUUUAUUAUUGGAUAAAGCAGUUCUUGAGACACAUAAUCUGACUCGCACAUUAUUAUGGUCACAACAUGCACCCCACAUUUUUGGAACUUGGCUCAUCUUAAGACAGUAGAUGCUAUAGAGGGAGCCGAGCAGCUAUGCAUAUUAGAAAGAAGGAAGCAGGCAGAAAAGGGGCAUAUUUGAAAGCAAGUGUAGGAGAGAGUCAAAAAGAUUUUGGUUUCAAAUGAAAUUUUCAGUCUGAUUGGAUAAAAGGUACCUGCCCUGCAGCAUUUUAUAAGAUUGUGUGAUGUGGAUUAAUUUUCAAAUGACACAGUUUAGAUUGAUGUAUGAUGAAUAGUUCCUACUUUUAGAACAGAAGGGGAAAUGUCCAGAUUAAAGUGCCAGUUAAGAAUAGAUUUUAUUUUUCUCUUACAUAAUCCACUUUCCCUUCAAAGGAAAAAAGGCUUAGCAACAGAAAAGCCUUUUUGAGAAAAAAGCAUUAGAACAGCAACAUACGAGAAAUAUAAUAUAUGGAAAAUAUAAAUCAUAAAAUUUUGAAUUAAAUAACAAUUUAAAAAAUAAUAUGGACAUAUAAAUCAUGAGCAUUGUAUUUUUCAAAAAUGAUGUAGAAUUUGGAACUUAAAAUUUGGAAACCAAAACAUUUCUUUCAUCCUUUAAACUAAACCUUCAUUUGGGAUUAUGACACUUUUUGCUUGACAUUUCACUUUUGCAAUUUGCUGCUGUCUUCAAAAAUACAUUUCACAAGUUUAUCUGUACCGGUAUAAAAAAUUGUUAUAAGAACAAGCUGCUAUGGCACCCUUGCUUGUGCCUGCAAGUUUCUUCUUAAUGUAUUUACUAUGCCAUGAGCUUUUCCAAGAUAUUACAUGUAUGUAGUCUUACGUUUCGUGAUUCUGUAUUCCCACCGACUGUUUGAAAAGUGAAAAUGAAUGUCAUUUUUUUUUUCGGUUUAAUGAACUUUUGUGUUUGAUUAGUUUCUCUUGCAAACCACACAAAGUAUUUUAUCAUAGUAAUCACAUUCAUGGAAUUUUAUUUUUAAAGUAGGCAAUCAGUACUUGCUUAAAAUGUUUAAAAAAUUUUUAGUUUAAUUUCAAACUAUUUAAUAUUUAUUACUAAUUACUGAAAUAUAAUUGUGCUAGACUUUUUCUCUAUUUUUACAAUGGAAUAUUUCUUAAAGAAGGUAGCAUGGAAGUUAUAGCAUACUGUACUCGACCAUAGGUAUCAUAGCUAAUAUAGACAUUUAGCUUUAAAAAUCUAUGCUUUAUCACAUCUAUUUUAUUUCCAAAUUUAAGGGAAUAUUACUUGGAACAAAAUCUUCUCCAUGUGGAAAGUUUUUAUUGCGCUCACUUUUUUUCAAUAAUUAUUCCAUUACUAAUUUCAAAUUUUCAUCCGUGAAUAUUCUUUUAAGUUAUGAAAUAUAAGAUCAUUCAGUUUUUAUCUUUUUAUCACUGCAGAUUAAAGCAUAAUCUUCUUAUAAAUUUUAAUAAAACAAAUUAUUGAUUUAAUAAGAAAACCUACCAAUGAUUUGUAUGGAAGGUCGAAUUAUAUUUGUAUACAAAUUUGCAAUUAAUCCUGUAAAAAAAAGAAAAAAGAAAAAAAAAAAAAAAGCCAUUAAAUUCUAUGUAUAUUAUCUUCAAUUUUAUAAUAAAAGUAAAUUAUUUCAUUAUGUUAUUAACUGUAGUAUUUUAUAUAUUUAACUAAAAUUUGGUAAAUAUAUUAAAGCAGUCAUUAGACCUUUAUAACUCCAUUUAAAUUUUUAACUUACGUAACUUUUAGCUUAUAACUAAACCUUCAGCACUCAAACUUUUAUAGUUGCUUAGAAAUAUAUAGAUUUUUAAAUCUUUAAAAGCCAUAUUACUUUCCUGUGCUUUAGGAUGCACUUUUCUUAGCAGAUGGCACGUAAAUGUGUUUUAUCUAAUAUUUGUAAGAUGUAUUGUUAUUUUUAAUUUGAAAUUUUUAUGAUAUUUAAUUUUGCACAAAUUUCAUAUGUUGUAGUUAAGGAAGUAUUUCCUGACUCAAAGUACCCAGUCAUUGUUUUGUAGUAUGUGUUUUAAUUCAAAAGCUUAAGAAGUAACAUUUUUUAAUUUAUGUAUUAAAUAUAAAAGAUGCACUGUGGAUAUGUGUAGCAUGCAUUAUAAUGCUUUUUCACUUAUCAAUUUAAAAGCUUUGUUAAAAUUUAUUUGCAUGUUUCUGCAGUGAUGUAUUUUCCUAAAAAUUAAAUACUUAAUGUAAUUUAAUCACUGAAUUAUAUUUAAUAUCUUUGCUGUUAAUUUAUAAUAAAGUUCCGUAUGGGCAUUUUACCUUAUUUUGUGAUUCUUUUGUAGUAUGAUUAAAAUUUGAAAAAAUUAACAGUAUCAGUUUUAACACAUUAAGCACCAGGCCUGUUUUGUCUUCUUUUCUGUUUAACCCAUGACAUUCAGUUUUGCCGAAUCAAACCUGAUGUUUAAAUGAAAAGUAUACUAUAUUUCAGUGAUUCACGUCCAAAUAGAAAGUAAAGUGUUAGUCACUGGUGACAUGGUGCUUAACAUAUUAAAAUAUUAUGAGAAACUAUGAGUAUAUUGCUCUUUUUGAAAAAUAUUUUGGAUUUAAAUAAAAACGGAAAUGCCAAAAAUUUUAAUGAAAACAUUUAUAGUUUGAUGUUUUUCAAAUUGAUAAAAAUUUCUAGUAGUAGAAAGGUAAGAGUACUAUUAUAAUAGUCAUGAAUGUAAUUAAUAUUUAAUCCAAAUUAAAAUUAGUUUUUUCUUAAAACAGUGGUAUGAUACCUUGUAAAAUAUCUGCUAUGCUGUUUGUAUUAAGAUAAGUCUAAAUUUACCCUCACAGUUUAUUUUAGUUUGAAACAGUUCUUUAAUAUGUUUUCAGCUUUUACUUCACUGAUUCUUAAAUUUACUAAUUUAAUGGCUUGUAACAUAAUGUCUGUUUGAAUUGAAAAAUGGUAUUUAUUACAUGCAAUUCUUGUAGUUUCUUUUGUAAUGAAAACAGAACUAAUUAUACUUACAUUAAUUAUGGAAAUUAUUGUUUUGUUGUGUAAAACUUAUUUAAUUAAAUCUGUGAUAAAUAUGA